CACGCUUUUGAUAAGGUUCUUCUUAGAUCAUUUCAUACUGCUCAGCUCGCGCAGUUUGAUUUCAUCGUAUCAGCUGUCAAGCAUGCAGUCAUUUCAUCGAUAGCAUGAGUCAAUCGUAGCAGUACUGUAAAAUCUAAGCAGCCCAAUCACACAGCGAUCCAACGAUGGAUGCAAAAAAGCCCGAAAAAUCCGGAAUAUUGCCCGGUACUUUAACAUUCCAGGACUUUAUUCCCGAAGCGAUUCCUCCAGCCAACGAGAAAGAGAAAAACAUCUCGUAUGCCAGUUUCCCGUCCACCGGGCAAGCGGCCAAUAAUUUCCUGGCUAACAACCCCGAUCUCGAGGUGGUAUCAUGCGAGACCAUCGCCGUCAAACUAGAUAUCAGCCAGUGGACCGGUUCUGUCAAACACAAGUCCUACGACACAAUCAUCAAUCAGACAUCGUACCGGCAGUACGGUGAGAACGCUCUCGGUACUAUCAACGCACUACGACUGUGGCUGCGACCAGUCACCACUGCCGUGACCCCGCAGAAAAUCGGUUGGAAGACAGUCACCAGUAACUACCACGGUCAUCACGUCUCCUUGAUGGAACUGGCCGAACAGAUCAACCUCCAACAUAAGACCACGCCGAUUCCGGGACGGAUUAUAAAUGUGCAGUCGUUGACCUUUUGCUCGAAAGACGGACCGGCGGAUGUUGAGAGUUCGAUAUGGAAAUUGACCGGAAGUGAAAUUAAAUCGAAUUUCACCCAAGCGUUUCGGAUCUUUUAUAUUAUGGGUGAGCCGUGCCGAAGUGAUAUUGGUUUUGCGGAUUUCUUCCCACAGUCGGAUGAUGGGAAGACAGUCAAGCAGUUUUCGCAAAUCAUGCGUGACAUCAAUAACUUCCGCGAGGGUUUGCCGGGAAGUGCGCGAUUCUUGAAUAUACAGACAUUGUUGUGCCGGGAAGAGUUGGGCAAGCCAAUAUCCUCCAUGUAUUCGACACAUUAUCAAACAACUCUCUUCUGGGAACGCUUUAUACGAUUUCUUCGUGUCGUGUACCUGGUCAGACCGGAGGAGAGUAAAGUUGCACCGCCGGCAUACGAGACACCAAAGGUCACGGCUAAGUUAUUUACACCAGCGGUCAUCAAAGAUCCCACCGCGUUUAAGCCUCUAAAGUUUGAAGAUCUGGAGGUCAUGCGAGAUCGGUUAGGCUACUGGAUGUCGCAACAGUCGGCUAAGGUGUUGGCCGUGGAGAGCGUCAGCUAUAAAGUGGUCACCGGGGCGGAGAAGCUGGUGGGCUUGGGAGCGAUGAACACAUGGCACGAGACAGUGGACGAUAAACACGGGACACGGGCUACUUGGGAGAUGUAUGUGCGCUGUGUGAGGGUGUACUUUGAGGGAGAAACCUCGGAUCCGCAGGGAUUUUAUUGGCCAAGAAGCGUUGAUGAUGUCAGGAAACAAGGCAAACUCGACCAAUGUGUUAUCAUAUGAAAGCGGAAGCGGUUUGCCUUAUGGUUGUCCUUCUUAGGAAGUGGCUUGCAUUUUUUGAGUUGACAAUUUUCUGUUAGUAACUGCAGUGUUAUGUUUGUGCAAAUUUAUUUUAUUGUUAAACUUGUACAAGCCAAUGCCAUAAUUAAACUUAAACUUCU